CACCUUCAAAGAGAUCUAGUUUUAGAGGGAGAGUGAAAAUAAUAUGGAUUUGAGUUUUCGGCUAAGACCAGUCUCUUCGACGGUCAUCCUUUGCCUCUUUCUUUUUUUCCUCUCCGCCGCCGGCGACAACUCGUUGUCUGCGUACCAAGUUCUAGAGCAAUACGACUUUCCGGUGGGCCUUCUUCCUAAAGGUGCGACUGGCUACGAUCUGAAUUCCGAGACCGGCGAGUUCACGGCUUAUCUGAAUGGCACGUGUAGCUUCAAACUUGAGAAUUCGUAUGAACUGGAGUACAAGUCCACAAUUAAGGGUGUGAUAUCCAAAGACAGGCUCAAGAAACUGAAGGGUGUGAGGGUUAAAGUGGUGUUGCUGUGGUUGGACAUCGGUGAGGUCAAACGGAACGGUGCUGAGAUCGAAUUCUCUGUCGGGAUCGUUUCGGCGAGCUUUCCGGUAAGUAAUUUUGACGAGUGUCCGCAGUGUGGGUGUGGAUUGGACUGUGAAGGGAACACGUUGGAGUUGAAUCCGUUUGUUUCUUCUUCCUAGGGGAUUUUAGUUAAUCACCCACUCUUCUCUUUCUUUCUUUUUAUUUUCUUCUCAUCUUCCAUGAAAUUUUAUAUUGUUAACCCAUUAAACAAAGAUUUUCACUUUUUUUUGGAAA